AUGUGCAAUGAUAAUAAUUAUACUAUAUCAGCAUCAACAUUAUGCUUUUAUGCAUUAAUAACAGAUUUAUUACCAUAUCUACCGAAAUUAAAAUAUUUAAUUAUAAAUUCGAUCCAUUUUAUGGGCUACUAUGAUCACCGACAAUACGCAGCAUCAUCAACUACAACAAGAAAUUUAAUUUUACCAUUAAAUUUAAAAAUGAUUAAAAUCUGGAUCGAUAAUGUUGAUGGCGAUGAUGAAAAAGAAAAUAAAAAUUUAACACGAAAUUUCUUUAUAAAUAACAACUUAUCUAAGACAGCAAUAAUUAAAAUAUUCAAUAUUGAAUAUGAAAAUGAUUUUUAG